AUUUUAGACCAUAAUAGCAAAAGUGGUAAUAACCCUAAGAAAUGGGAAUACUUUCAGAAUAUGCAGGAAUUAUUUGCGGACAAACCAUGGGUGCAACCAUUGGCAGUGGCUGGAUCUCAUGUUACUGAAAGUGAAGAAGAAGAGAAUCCACCAGAAAAACGUAUUAAAAAAAAGAAAUUAAAUACACUUAUGGAGCAAUACAUAGCAGAUAAUAAGGAAGAACAAAAGAAAAGAAGAGAGAAUAAGGAAAAGCAUCAUAAUGAAAAAAUGGUUAUACUUAAGCGGAUUGAGAAUAUAAUAGAAAGACUGUUAGAAAAAAGAAAAGAUUAAUUGUGAUGUUAGAAUCAAAA